CCUGAGCUAACGCAAACAGCCCCCGGGUACGACGUCGGGGCUGGAAUCCCGUCCACGCGGCCGGGAGAGCGUGGCCGAUGCCUGCCUGCCAUUAGAUGCUCUCCGAGGAGCAGAAGUCGGGAAAGCUGUGGAGGCUGGGGCGGCGGCCCGUGGGGGACCUUUCAUGAUAGGCUCUUGGUGCUCCUUGAGUUUGGGACCCGUGUCCAGGGACCUCUGGUAAACCGAACGUGAGGAGGAAGACAACAUGGGUGCUGGUGCGGGCGGAAGCCGAGAGCUGGCUCUGGUCCCGAGGCCCUGCAGAGCCCUGGAUGGUGCCUGCCUUCCUGCAGGCCUGGUCCCUGGACUGGUGGCAGCCCAGGCCUGUGGGUGCGGCCACCUUGCUGGGAAGGGGGGUCACGCCCGGCGGUGGCUCGCCCGACAGGUUCCUGUUGGAGCGCCUCUGUCCGCAGAGCAGACUUUGCCCUCCGCUGGGACAGGGCGUGCCCCUGGCUGGGUCCAGGGUCCAGGCCCAGAGGACGGGGCCAAGAAGACCCAAGCCUGGGGCCUCAGAUGGGGACAAGGGACAGGAAGGACGGGGCGGGGCAGGAGGAGGGCAGGCGUGGUCUCCAUGCAGCAGCGUGGCACGCACCCGCGGACACCGUGGCCACUCAGCAUGUCCCAGCGACACUCGGACAGCUCCUUGGAAGAGAAGCUACUGGAAUACCGUUUCCACUCAGAGCUACGGCUUGAUGCCAAGGGGAACCCGGCGUCCAGGCUGCCCAUGGUCCGGGACUCCCUGCAGGCCGGGGACAAUGCCGCCUUCCAGCUCGAUACCUCCGUGUCCCCACCUCUGUCCCCUAAGGACAAGGAGCCACGGGCCGUCGUCCUGAGCACACAGAGCCCUGCGGCCCGCAAGAUGGGCACUCAGCAGCUGAUCCCCAGGAGCUUGGCUGUAUCCAGCAAGGCCAAGACCCCAGCCCGCCACCAGAGCUUCGGGGCGGCCGUGCUCAGCAAGGAGGCUGCCCGGCGGGACCCCCGGCUCGUCUUCGCCCCCAGCUUCUCCCUGGACGACAUGGACGUGGACACGGGCCCCGAGGGAGCGCUCAGACGGAACCUACGGAACCAAUCCUACCGGGCGGCCAUGAAGGGUCUGGGGGCUCCAGGCAGGGAGAGGGGCCCCAUCCAGCUCAGCCCCAAGCUCCAGGCUCUGGCUGAGGAGACCAGCCCACCUUCUGCCCGGUGUCCGGCCAAGAAUAAGAGGACGCUGGGGCGGAAACGCGCACACAAGGGCUCUUUCAAGGACGACCCCGGGUUCUACCAGGAGAUCCGGGAGCGGGGCCUGAACACCAGCCAUGAGUCUGACGAUGACUUGCUCGAUGAGCCGUCCAGCCCUGAUGGGACGGGAAAGGCGGAUGCCCCCAUCGUAGUCAAGAGCUACCGGCCUGCCCAGGUCACCUGGAGCCAGCUCCCAGAGGUGGUGGAGUCCGGCCUCCUGGACAAGCUGCCUGCUGAGGAGCGCAAGAGGCAGGAGGCCAUCUUUGAGAUCCUCACGUCGGAGUUCUCGUACCAGCACAGCCUGGGCAUCCUGGUGGCCGAGUUCCUGCAGUCCAGAGAGCUGCGGGCGACCAUGACGCAGACCGAGCACCACCACCUCUUCUCCAACAUCCUGGACGUCCUGAGCGCCAGUCAGAGGUUCUUCGAGGCCCUGGAGCAGCGGCACAAGGCAGAGGUUUGCGUGGAGGACAUCAGCGACAUCUUGGAGGAGCACGCCGAGAAGCACUUCCACCCCUACGUCGCCUACUGCUCCAACGAGGUCUACCAGCAGCGCGCCCUGCAGAGGCUGACAAACAGCAACACCGCCUUCCACGAGGCCCUGAAGGAGAUCGAGAAGCGUCCCGCGUGCGGGGGUCUCCCCAUGAUCUCCUUCCUGAUCCUCCCCAUGCAGAGGGUGACUCGGCUGCCCCUCCUGACGGACACUCUCUGCCUCAAGAGUCAAGGCCAUCCCGAGAGAUACAAGGCCGCCAGCCGCGCACUCAAGGCCAUCAGCAAGCUGGUGAAGCAGUGCAAUGAGGGGGCCCACAAGAUGGAGCGCACGGAGCAGAUGUACACGCUGCAUACACAGCUGGACUUCAGCAAGGUCAAGUCCCUCCCACUGAUCUCGGCCUCCCGCUGGCUGCUGAAGCGUGGGGAGCUCUUCGUGGUAGAAGAAACUGGGCUUUUCCGAAAACUAGCCAGCCGGCCCACGUGCUACCUAUUUCUGUUCAACGACGUUCUGGUGGUCACCAAGAAGAAAAGCGAGGACAGCUUCAUGGUUCAGGACUACGCCCAGGUGGACCACAUCCGGGUACAGAAGAUGGAGCCCUCUGACCCCUCUCUGCUCGGGGGCGGCGGCAGCCGCAGCUCCUCGGUGCCACACCCCUUCCAAGUGACCCUGUUACGCAACAGUGAGGGCCGCCAGGAGCAGAUCCUGCUGUCCUCCGACUCGGCGAGUGACCGGGCCCGGUGGAUCACCGCGCUCACUCACAGGGAGAGGCAGGGGCAGGGCCCCACCAACAAAGGAGACCUGCGCCAGGUAGAGAUCACCAAGGCCUACUUGGCCAAGCAGGCGGACGAGAUCACGCUGCAGCAGGCGGACGUGGUCCUGGUCCUGGAGCAGGAGGAUGGAUGGUUUUACGGCGAGCGGCUGAGAGAUGGGGAGAUGGGCUGGUUCCCCGAGGACUUUGCCCGGUGCAUCACCAGCCGCGUGGCCGUGGAGGGCAACGUGCGCAGGAUGGAGCGGCUGCGCGUGGAGACGGACGUGUAGCCUGCCCUGCCCAGCACCUAGGCCGAGCUCUGCUUCCAUCCACGCUCCAGUGAGCGGCCAGGCUCCUGGACGAGGUGGGCUUGUCCCAGGAGCCUGAAUAGUCCAUGGGUCCCCGCGAGGCCCCGUGGUCUGCAGUACCGGAUCCAGACUCUUCCAGGGAGGAAGUUCACACGUGCUGCCCGCCCCCGGGGAGCAUCCUCCAUGCCAGCUCGGGGGGGGGGGGCCAGGUCGCCUGACCCCUGACCAAACCCCAGGGAGGAGCCCUGCCCUUCCUCUAGCACCCUGUGCUCCCGCAGGGCAGUUGUGCAGGAUGUGGGCCCAGCUCCCUCCCUCGUCCUCAUGUGGAACAGAGGGCUUGGCAUCCGGGGCACCCCACUUUUGGAGAGGAGGUCCCGCCAGAGGGAGAUGACACUGCGGGGCCAGUGCUGAGUUGCUGAGGUUUUCAUAAACAUUAAAGUAUUUCUUUAACACCUGGA